AUGGACAAUCUGAUAAGCCAGGGUCUGACCAGCAAGCCUAUCUUUGGUGUCUAUCUUGGAAAAUCUGGCACUAAUGAUGUUGGAGAUGAUAAAAAACUAUCAAUACAGUAUGUCUUUGGCGGUUGCAACUCUGAUCAUAUCAAUGGUAACUUAACUACUGUUCCUAUUGACAGUUCUGAUGAUAAUCUAGCCACUAUUUUUUUCUUUACUGAUGAUAUUGCCUUUAAUGCUACUAGCCUUUAUGACACAAGUGACAAUUAUUAUAGCGCUUACUCAAUUUCUUAUGACAUUUCUAGAUUUAAACCUGGGAAUUUGCUAUUUUGGGGUUCGACAUUCAAUGUACCUGCUUCAGACCUUACCUUUGAAGAGGAUAGUUUCACAUGCACUGCUAGUUUUGCUUAUGUUGAUAUGGACUUUACUUUUCUGAAAGUUGGAUUUAUCAAGAAGAACUAUCUUAUAAUUAGCCAGGAGAUUUCUGAGACUCACAUUGUUCCCAUCAAAUAA